UUUGGUCAGAGAUUCCCUUCUGUAGCAAUAGUGAAUGUGCAUGAUUGACAGUUUUAGUCACUGCAGCGGUUCCACUUGAAUAAAUUCUCUGUUCAACUCUACAAAAACUUCAGAAUGUCUAAACUAUUUGUUGGCGGCCUGUCAUGGCACACCACUGACGAGAGUCUCCGUGAGGGUUUCUCCCAAUUCGGUCAGGUCGAAGAAGCUAUUGUCGUUAAGGAUCGUGACACCAACCGCAGUCGCGGAUUCGGAUUUGUCCGCUUCACCACAGAGGCUGAAGCCGACGCUGCGGUGCAAGAGCUGAACAAUACGGAGUUUGACGGUCGUGUUAUCCGCGUCGACAAAGCCUCUGAACGACCUGGUCGCAACGAUGGCGGCUUCCACGGCCGUGGCGGAUACAACUCGCGCGGAGGAAACGGUGGUGGAUAUGGUGGUGGAUACAGUGGUGGCAACUGGCGCCAAAACAACGCUGAGAACUAGGCUAUGGCCCUUACCUCUAACUAAAGCGUGGACCGAAGUAUGGUGCAGCUGGACUGAUCCUUUUUGUGUUUUGUUCAAACGGAUUUCAUCGCUCAGAUAAUCUUCUCUCUCGAUAAAACUUCAUGAGACACGAAUCGCAGAAGAGGAAGUGAAAUGCAGUAUGACGGCGGAAGCAUGGUUUUGAUGAAUCACGGAUGCUCUAUCUCUGUUACUAAGAUCAUACCUUUAUUGCUCGUUUAAUAUUGAAUCUCCAUGUGACGCAGGGAAAAA